AUGAAAUCCUGGUACACGGUGCCUCCCAGUGUAGCCGCCAUGGUGAACAGCACGGUCACGACGUUGCCCAUGGCGUAUCCUUCUGCCGUUGCUCCAGCAACACCAACCGCGAAUGACCUUAUGCCAAGGUUCCUGCCCGUACCCGUGGUGCCCGCACAGGUGAAUGCAGAUGCAGCAUGCCCAGUGGAACAAGGGUUGGCCAAUGCCGCCGGCACCCGCACCUGGUCCGGCUGUGGCACGCAGGGACCUUACUUGCAUCGCCCUUCUCGAGCCCAGAAAGACGACUUCGACCUGACUCAGGUUCUGACCCUUGCCGGUGCCACGUCUGGUGGAGCGAUCCUACCGGCGUCCAUGGUUCCCUUCAUUUCUCUGCUGCUUUGGCUGCCUUUGGCACGAAGCGAGCCGUGGACAGAGGAGAAUGCGGCAUGGAACAUCAACUUCCACGCAAGCCAUGAGCCGGAACGCUACUGGGGGCAAUGGCCAAAUCACACCUACAAUCCAUCCCCUCCAGACUGGCGCAGCCUAGUGAUCUACCAGCUGCUUACUGAUCGCUUUGCAGACGGCGACCCGCACAACAAUGAGCUCUUUGCUGACGGGUUCGAUGUGCGCGACUUCACCUUUCGACAUGGUGGUGACUUUGCGGGAUUGACGCAGAAGCUCCAUUACAUCAAAGGGAAUGGCUACAACUUCUACCAUCAGUAUGCCCAAGUCGAUUUCACUGUUCUGGACCGCCGAUUGGGAACCCUUGAAGAGCUCCGUGAUCUCAUUCGGGAGGCGCAUGCCCUUGACAUGUAUGUCAUCAUAGACGUAAUGAACCAUAUGGCGAACGAAUACUACUUCGAGGGCCAUGCACGAAGCCAAGCCACGUGGCGGUUCCACGAGGACGGUGGAAAGCGCGAGUACAAGCUGAAGCCACGAGCUACCCAGGCUUCAUAUUUCCAGAGCUCCAUUUGGUGUGACGGGAACGCCCUUUGGCAAUCCUGGGGAAACGAGCCUACCGGCAUCCUUGUGAACAUGGAUGCUUGUGAGGAUAGAUGCAAUGCAGAUCCUGAUUGCUUCUAUUUCUUGUACAAGGACGACCUUGGAUCGUUGAGUACCUACCACUGUGCAGGCUUCAAGUCCUGCAGCUCCCCCACUCCUUACACCGAUGGUCAGGCAAACGUCUACAAAAAGUGGGUUUGGCCAGUGAAGGCCGUCCAAGAAGCAGCUGAUGUUUGGUGUGGAGGGGCUAGCUUGUGGCAACAAUUUGGAGGCGAGGCAUCCGGGCUGCUUGCUAGCCAGGAUGCUUGUGAAGCGGCUUGUGCUUCGGAUCCAUCCUGUCAGUUCUACCUCUGGAAGGAUGACCCUGCCGCAAACACACGCUUCCACUGUGCUGGCUUCGCCACCUGCCUGGUGGCUGACCAAACGCCUUUUGGUGAUGGUGAUGCUUCCAAAAUUUUUCGCAGGCGCACAAAGGCCGAGAGAGACCAGGAUGGCUUGUACGACACACCUGCAGGGCGACAGCCUUAUUCAGAUUUCUGGUACAGCAACUUAUGGCACGCCAAUGCGACCUACAAUGGAACUUUGUAUGGUCAAUGGGGUGAGUCGGCGUCAGACACCGGCUUUGGGACCUACAUAGAAUCAGACUUUCAUCACAACGGAGAUUUGAUUGACUACCAUGACCCUUGGGAGAUCAACCUGGGCAAAAUCUAUGGAGUAAUGGACGAUCUUCGUUUAGAGCAAGACAUGGUCCAGCAGAAAUACAUAGCAAUGACCAAGGCUUUAAUUGAGAGUACGGAUGUGGAUGGCUACCGUGUGGACACUCCAAUGCAGGUACCACUAAACUUCUACAAAGUUUGGGCACCUGCUAUGAGAGCUCAUGCCAAGACACUGGGGAAAGAGCGCUUCGGCAUCUUUGGUGAGUUCUUUGUUAGCGCUGAACGAUACGCAACCAUGACUGGUCGAGGCCGAGACAACACGAUGUACAACCAGGAGCGGUUCAUCGACGACAUUGCCACCCUCAAGGGCGGUAUUGUCUACCCAUACUACUGGUACGUCUUCACUGCCAUGGUGUACCAGCGCCCAGAGUAUGCGGAUGGUUUGCCCCUCGCCUAUGUCGAGGAGAACAAGAUGGUUGACACAUAUGACCCGGACACUCACCGCCAUGAGUAUGCUAUGUGGACAUUCUGUAACAAUCAUGACAACUGGCGGCUGCAAAGUAUGACUGGUAAGGCGCACUUUACCAUGUGUCUGGCAGUCAUUACGUUCUGGCCUGGGGUGCCGCUUCAUUACGCUGGUGAUGAGCAAGACUUUGAUACUCCUGGCAGUGCAUUGGACGGAUGGGCGCGGGAAGAGCUCAGCACAUCCCUGGCUUGGCGAGCAGUUCGAACCAGAGCAGAUGGCAACCCAGCGGACGGAGACAACUUUGACAUGACCCACCCGACUUAUUUGUACAUCGCUCGGCUCAAUGCCUUGCGCAGGGCGUACUUCGGUUUCUUUGGAGCUGAGGAAUGUGAUCAGCUUCAGCACCCUUCCUACGCAACGCCUGAUGUACUUGUAUAUGUCCGCGGUUGCAAUGCAACUCAUAAGGUGCUGCAAUUCGCCAAUUUUCACACAUCGCAGAACCGGUCGGCAUCCAUUGACUCGCUCCCAUGGGCAGAUGGUACUGAGCUGGUGGAUUGCCUUGUGAGCCACAAUAACCCAAGACGUGUUGUUGUUUCUUCGGGAAGUGUCGCUGUCACGCUUGGUCCUUUGGAGGCCCUGACAUUUGUUGAAGAGGUGGCCAGCGUUCCUCCUUCAGUUGUUGAGGUCUCGCCCAAGCACGGCUCGACAAUUCCAGCAGACAUUGAGAACAACUUGACCAUUACCGUGAGAUUCGAUCGUGACGUGGAUGCCUCAAUGGCAUCUAGUCUGCUUUUUGACCAGGUUUCUGGAGGCUUCGUUUGCACCGGAGACACCUGCACUCGCCAAGUUGUCGCCGCAUCCCUGGAGAACGGCUAUCAUACUCUUGAAGUCCCCGCGGGUGUCGCCGCGGCAGAUGGUUUGCAGAUCCAUGCUGCCUUCAGAUCCUUUUUCCUGCUUGACCGGCAGAGCGGUGUCAUUGCAAAUCCAAUCCAGGAACAGUCGGGUCUUAUUUGCAGCUUCGGCAGGCAGCUGUGUCACAACGCAGAAGGGGCCACAUGGUUCCGGGCUCAGAAUGUUGGCGGCAACUGGUCAGCGUGGAAGCCGUAUGCAUCAAUCACCAAUUGGGAGGCUCAGCUCGAUGUGCCCGUGCUUGUUCAAUACUAUUCCCAGCUCAGUGCUAGCUUCGUCGUUGGUGACUGCCUUGCUCGGACAGGCAGGCACUGCCAUGCGAGCUGGCACAAUCAAAUGUUCCUCAGAGGCGAUCUAAACAACUGGGGUGGUGACGACGAAGGUCGGAUGAUGCUAGUGGAUGCAUACACAUGGGCUUCGAACAUCACUAUUGACAAGUUUGUACGUGCUCGAUUCACUCCGACGAAUGAUUGGUCAAAAUCUUAUGGUGCCCAUCCCGUUCGAGAGCUUCUCUACAACGUUCCAACGUUUGAUGUGCGCCAUUUGACCUUUGAUAUUGUGCCAACAAAAUCCGGCACGGAACCAUGUCGGGAAUGGAUGGUGAAUCGGAGCUUGUGGACGGAACACGAGAGCAUAGCAUCAGGAGCUGAAUUUGCAGUGAACCUGUGGCUGAGUCCCCUCUGCACUGCUGCCGCACCUCAAUGUGAGCCAGAAGAAAAUCCUGAGUGGCAGUGCCAUUCGUACCAGGAUGGUCAAGACGGGGCGUGGUGCGCCUCUGUUGGGACGGAGGGAUGCUUCGAUUACAGUACGAAUGAUCAGAGCGAAGAGAUGAGCUCAUGCACGACGCCGCAAAUUCUGGAGAGCUCCUUCAUCGUUGCGUUGAAGGUGGACAACUUGUCAGACUUCGAGACAGUACCCGCUGAAUUCCAUAGAAAUCUGAUAGCUGCUGCAUACGGCAACCGGACGGCCAACGUCAGCAUCGCAACUGGCUGCAUUUGGCAAAGCUGCAGUCUCGUUGUGCGGCACGCAUGCAUGUCCUGUUGCAGAACAUCCAUGAGAGUACUUCCAAUCGUUGUUCCGACCUAG